AUGGCGCCGCUCUACUUCGCCCUGGGCCUCGGCUACGGCUCGGUGCGGUGGUGGAAGCUCUUCACCCCGGACCAGUGCGAGGCCAUCAACCGCCUAGUCAUCUACUUCGCCUUCCCCUUCUUCGGCUUCGACUUCACCGCCCGCGCCGGCCCGUUCGGCGCCGGCUACCGCGUCCUGGCCGCCGACGCCGUCGCCAAGCUCGCCGUUGUGCUCACGAUCGCCGGGUGGGCAGCCGUCAAGGCUGCGAGGCCGGCGCGCCGGGGCGGCCCAUCCUACUCCUGGUGCAUCACCGGCUUCUCACUGGGGGCGCUCAACAACGCACUCCUCGUGGGCGUGCCGCUGCUCGACGCCAUGUACGGCAAGUGGGCGCGCGACAUCGUCGUGCAGCUCUCGGUGCUUCAGGCCGUCGUGUGGUUCCCGCUGAUGCUGGUGGUGUUCGAGGCGCGGCAGGCCUGGCUGGAGAUGACGCCGGCGCCAGAAGAAGGCUCGUGUGAAGAAGGCGGUCAGGUGGCGCCGGGAAGCGGCGACGUCGACCGGCCAGUGGUAGCUGGAGACCGCCGGAAGACAGCAGCGACGGCGACGGGGUGCGCGUUCUGGCCGCCGCUGCUGCGGAAGGUCGGACUCAAGCUGGCCCGCAACCCGAACGUGUACGCCAGCCUCCUUGGGGUAGCGUGGUCUUCCGUGGCAAACAGGUGGCACCUGGAGAUGCCGACCAUCCUGGAUGGCUCGAUUGCGAUCAUGUCAAAGACCGGCAUUGGAAUGGGGAUGUUUAGCAUGGGCUUGUUCAUAGGACUACAGGACAAGUUCAUCGUGUGUGGACCAGGCUUGAUGGUGUUGAGCAUGGUGCUGAGAUUUGUCGCGGCUCCAGCAGCCACCGCCGUUGGUGCUCUAAUUUUAGGCCUUCGAGGUGACCUUCUGCGUGUUGCUAUCUUGCAGGCUGCAUUGCCUCAGUCUGUCGCAACAUUUAGCUUCGCGCGAGAGUAUGACCUGCAUGCUGGUGUGCUCAGUACUGCGUAA